AUGAACCGGGAGUUUGGGACUGGUCCGAAUAUUGUGAGAUUUGUGAUUUUUCCUUGAAAAUGGGUUUUAAAAUUGAAUUACAACAGUUUUAAAACUCUUUCAUAGUUAUAAUUAAUUAUACUGUAGCGUUCUCUAUACCGCCACUAAACAGAUGGAUUGGUCAGCAGUUAGUAACCAGUUUAAACAAACUUGGUUAACUACAUUACUCAGCCUUGUUCUGUUUACUGGUGUCACUUACUUCUUGCUAUGGGCUGAGUCUCAAACCAUCCAAAGUAACUUGAUGCUAGAAGAACUCAUAAAUUCGGCACAAACUAUUGAUGUUCACACAGAAGAUGAUUCAGCCCGGUAUGAAGGCAAGAUCGUGCAUGUGGUGGGUCCACUGCGGAUUCUCGAGCCCAUUUCUGAACCUGAUUACAACAUCCAUGUGCAGGCAGUCAAGCUGAGGAAACGGGUGCAGAUGUAUCAGUGGAUAGAGGAGUCUACUGAUCAAGAACACUUCUUAAGUGACCCAGCAGAGGAGACUCACAAGCAAUACUGGUACCACAAGGACUGGAGAGACUAUGUAGUGGACUCCAACCUGUUUUACAUCAGACCAGGGCACCACAAUCCGGCCUCUAUGCCCUUGUUUAGUGAAACACAUGUAGCUGAUAAUGUCAAGAUUGGCUGGUUAUAUUUAGGUCUUGAUGUGAAGAGAAAAGUAAAUGAUUACUAUGAGAUUUGGUCUGACUCUCGACCAGACCGCACAGAUAUCAAGCUGCACUCGGGAUUCUAUUACCAUGGCGAGAGUGCUUUGCAACAUGAGAUUGGCGAUCUUCGCGUACAUUUCUCGUAUGCGGGGCGGGAGGACGAUAUUUAUACGGCGGUAGGAGUUGUUGAAGGAGGUACACUCCAGGCGUAUAGUCCCUCUAUGUUUCCUCACGCGGACCCAAUCUCACUACUUCGUAAAGGUUCCUACAGCUUGAAGCAACUUCACGACAUAGAACGACGGGACGCUAACGUACAUACAUGGAAGUAUCGCCUCCUCGGCUUUGUACAAGUAUUCGCGUCUGCGAUGACUUUGCACCCGGAUUGGGUUACUAUUUUUUUGCAAUUCCAAUGGGUAUCAAGCAACUUGCGGCGUUGUUCUAGAGGGUGGAUCAAUUUCGUCCUGUCGUUUUCGUACACAUUGCUCAUCAUAUCAAUACCUUGGCUAGUCCACAAGCCGCUGUUCGGCGCGCUGGUGCUGGGUGGCGCCACGCUGCCGCUGCUGCACUACUCCACGCUGCUGGCGAGCCGCGCCGCGCCCGAGCCGCCGCCGCGUGCGCCCUACGCGCGCUGGGACGACACCAUUCGCUGAGAGUUACUUCGCCGCCAUCUUGUGCAUUUAAAAAGAAAACACUAAUACCCGCAUUUUGUGUGCGGCCAGUGCAUAUCAAGAAAAAAGUGAUAAUUUUGUUUUUAUUUAUUUUGUAUUUAUUUUUGUUUUAUAAUUUAUUAAUUUUUAUUUAAUUUGAAUCUAAGUUUUGUUUCGUUACGCUUUUCUACUUGUGUAAUUUAUAUACGUGUUUAGGUAUUUAUGAUAUAGUUUGUUGUUUUGUGCUUGGUGCUUGUUUUGGUGUUUUGGUGCUUAUUUGAAAUAAGUUUAAUUUUGUUUUAAAAUCUCAUUGAAUAAUAGUGAAAAUAAGUAUACUAUUAGUUUUAGUAACCAAUAGGAUUGACCAAUUUAAGAGUUACCAUGUUUUUUUCAAUUAACUACUUAUUCUUUUGUGAAUCAAAGUUAUUAUAAUAUUAGGUGAAGGCAGUGGCGGCCCUAGGGCUGUGCGAGGUGUGCCAAAAUCAACCAAGACUGGUUCAACCUGGCCGCAAACUAACUUCAUCGGGUCACAUUGGAACUCAUACCGAGUUGUAAACAACAUUUUUAAAAGAUUUAAAGAGGUAAAUUUCGGUGGCCGUAUACUAAUCGAAAAAUUUUGUAUUUUAAGGGGCUGAGGGGUGCCACUAAAUGUUCUUGCACAACCUAAAUAUUUUGCUAGGACCGCCACUGGCUGAAGGUAUUCAUAUCUAACAUUAGCUUUAAGUACAGAGGAACCAAAUAAUUGCUUAAGAGAUGAAUUUACGCGUAUGCUACACUACAAUUUUUGUUCUAACAGGAAUUUUACUAAGCAGAGGAAAUCAAACUAUAAUAAUGUGGCAAGACGUCGUUUAUGUUUUGUUCAGUGAUAUUACAUCAUUUUAGUACAUUACAGUAUAUAUACUUAUACAUUAUUUAUUAUUAGUUACAACGAGUUUCUAUCCCAAAUAUCUUAGAUGGAUCAUAUGAUAGGGAUAAUAAUGAACGAUGUGUUGACGUUUGGACAGUUUGUCAUACCAUAAUUAAAACUAAGUUAAUCGUAGGUACGUACGCUUAAAUGUACUUCUUCCACGUUCAUACAUUCAUUUCACAUAAGUAAAUAUGAUAUUAUUAAUUAAAUGGAUUUUAAUUAGAGACAUUUCGUCGCUGAUGUCGCGAACUGACAUAUUUACAGUUUUUGGCGACCGGAUUUGCACCUUUUGAAAUUGUCAAUAAGACAAAUCACUUUAGCAAAAAAAAAAAAAAAUACAUAUGGGUACGUCAGUUAGCAAAGUCAACCACGAUUUGUAAUGUUCCAUAGAAGUGCCAUAUAUCCAGAAUGUAUAAGUUUGUUUAAAUGAUAUAAUAAAUAAGAUGUAUAAAAUAAAUAUUUAGCUGUGAUCCCUACCUUUAGUACCUAAUAACCCUGAGUGCUCAAAUCUAGCUUAAUACCUAAAAUAAUGACCCUUUACGGUCACGAGUACUAAUAUGUAUACACUUUUUUGAAACCAUGUCACAUUAACUUUUUUGACAAAUUAAACCGUAAGUAUAAUUAAAUGUCAAAUAUGAUAGUGGGACAGGGUUCUAAAGUGGGUACAUGAUAUUGCUCAUGACUGUAUCAUAUUAAAAUGCGAGGAUAAGGUUGUGACCUGAUAGCAGUAUGUGUCGAAAUAAACCCGAUUUUACUAAC